UUGAGAGCCUUCUGAUCUUUCUGGACUAGCUAUUCAUGGUCGGUGAUCAUUGGGUAUUUUUAUGUCAUCCUAACCUUGGGUGCAUUUUGGAAAUGAAAAUUGACGGAUAGCUGCUGGGGUCGUUCCCAGUAUGAGCUGGAUAUCCUGUCAGGGGUCAGUCAUUAACCAAAAUCGAGCCAAUUUGUUCCAUGUUACACUGACAUCUCUGAAAAGGGGCUUUAUAACUUAAUCUUAAUGCAGAAAAGUCUAUGUACGGUAUGCAUUCUGAUAUCAGGUGGGGCAACUUUUGGUCCCGUGCUGAAAAUCCGUCGCCCUGAAUGUUCUCUGCAUUACUGAGCAUCAGCUGCCUAUAGCUGUUUAUCAUAACAAAAACACAUGGGAUUUCACGCAAAUUCUAAUCCGAAUUGAUCAUUUAGUCGCGUUCAAGAUGAAGGCCAAAAACAAGGCUCAGCGUCCAGCCAAGGCUCCAAUUGAGGUUCUCUCCCGUAAAAUGAAGCGUAAAAAUGAGAGGAAACACAAGAAAGAACUGAAAAAGAAGCACUUCCUAUGGAAACGUGGCCUGGAAGUCCACAAUUCCGAGCCCGAAGAACUCGGCCCUAACAUUGUCAAGGCCAAGGAGAGUCAACAGGCCCAAUCCAAAGCGGAAAAAGCCAAACUGAAGGCCAUACAACGGGAAAAGGUCGUCCAAAGUCAACGUAAGAAACGCCUCAUCCUGGAUAAUCAGGCUGAAGAGCAAAAUAUUAAACAACUGGAAAAACAGCUCAAACUGAACAAGCGCAAGAAGAAGGAUACCUUGCCGAAAUCCUUCGUGGAAGACGGCUUAGAUUAUUUACUCGAUGCCAUUGACCCGUCCAAAUUGGCCGACAAAGAUGCCUUGAUGGAUGACUUGGAAGAGGAAUCCAGUGACGAAGAUGACAUGAUCGCCAGUGGCCAUGAAGACAGUGAGAAUUCGGACGUCGCAGAGGACGAGGAUGCGGGUAGUUUGGAUGAGGAAAAUGAUGAAAUGGCAGACCUUGAAGAGGUAAUCGAAGAGGAGGAAGAUGAAGACGUAGCUGAGGACGAAGUAGGGGAGAUGAUGAAAGAGGAUUCAGAAACAGAUUCAGACCCAGAAGAUAUUGAUAAAGAAGGCGAAGAUGCACAUAAAGGCCAAUGGGAAGAUAUCUAUGGGCGGCAACGUGAUGCUAAAGGCAAUGUGAUAGUUGAAAACGCUCCCGCUGGAGGUGGAUCUAACAAAUAUAUUCCACCAGCUCUUCGAGCUAAAAUGGUGGGUGGGGACUCGGAGAAACGAAAACAAGAUCUCUUAAAGUUACAGAGAAAGGUCAAAGGUCUUUUGAAUCGCUUGGCAGCGAGCAAUCUAGCUUCGAUUGUGAAACAAAUCGAGGAUUUGUACAUGUCCCACAGUCGGAAUGACAUGAAUGAGACCUUGAUUUCGAUCUUUGAGGAAUCAUUGAUUGCCAUCACUCUCACCCCCGAGCGAUUAAUUAUGGAACAUGCAGCACUCAUGGCCGUUCUGCACGUGAACGUGGGAAUGGAAGUAGGAGCCACCAUGAUCCAAGCCAUGGCCAAAAAGUUCCACCAAAUCCGUGAAGACGAGUCCAAAAUUGAAAGUGAUUUUAAUCCCAAGACCCAGGAAAACGUGCUACUCAUUCUGGCGCAUUUGUACUCGUUUAAAGUGGUGGAUCACGUGCUAAUAUUUGAUAUCGUCUCACUCUUGGUUGAAAGUUUCACGAGCAAGGACAUCGAACUGAUUGUGCUUGUUCUUCGAUCAGUGGGAUUUAAUUUGAGGAAAGAUGACCCCUUGAGCUUGAAAUCGUUAAUCACCAAAAUCCAGACGAGUUCAGCUUCAGCGGAUAAGCUGAAAGAAGACUCUCGAGUCAAGUUCAUGCUAGAUACUCUCACCGCCAUCAAGAACAACAACGUGAAAAAGAUUCCCAACUACGAUAGCGAGCAUCAGCAAUUCCUAUUGAAGAACUUGAAGGCGUGGAUAGCGCCGGGAAAGGGGACCAAUCCACUGAAGAUCCAUCUCGAGGAACUUCUCCAGGCUGAUGAACGUGGCCGUUGGUGGAUUGUGGGAUCGGCAUGGGCGGGAAAUCAAGGAACAAGAGACAAUCGAACCCAGCAAGAGAGCGAUAUGCCCGAACACGUGACAUCAUCUUUCAGCUCCGAACUUCUCGAUCUUGCCCAAAAAAUGCGCAUGAACACGGAUGCUCGGAAAAACAUAUUUUGUGCCAUAAUGACGGCGGAUGAUUAUCUCGACGCAUUUGAAAAGGUUCUGAAGAUUUCGACGCGAAUCAAUCAGCGUGAGCGCGAAGUGGCCUUCGUGUUACUGGACUGCUGUUUGCAAGAAAAGGCGUUCAAUCCCUUCUAUGCACAGCUUUCAUGCAAGUUUGCUAGUUUUGACCGCAAGUAUCGCAUGGCUCUUCAGUUUGGGUUGUGGGACCGAAUCAAGGAAAUCGAUUCUCUUGGUUCGACACAAGUCCGAAACUUGGCCGGGUUCACACACUAUGUUCUCCGAGAAGGAUCUUUGUCGAUCGCUUGUCUGAAAGUGGUGGAAUUCGCCGAAUUGAACAAGCCUCGGGUGAAAUUUCUCAAACUCGUUUUGGGAGCGUUGCUCGGUGAAGACAAGGAAGUGGUCAAGAGAACAUUUUCAGUCGUGGGAGGUGUUUCCAACUUGCGAACUUUGCGCGAAGGCCUCCGUUUGUUUCUGAGACACUUCUUGUUGAAAAGCAAAAAAGAUGAAAAGGAGAGGAACGAGUUGUUAUCCAAGAUCCGAUGGGCAGAAACGGCCAUGAUGUUCGAGGUGUGAUUAAUUGAUAUUGGCAUUGUUGAUUUUGAUGAAUAAAUUCAAACCAUCAGUA